AUGUGGGCCUGUGACCGUUAUGCAAAUGAACUUGCAAAUGAGAGUAACGGGGAUUUAGAGAUGCUAGUGCUCUUAAACUCAGAGCUUCGGCCCAGAGCUGCGGCCGACGCGGAGGUUUCGGCGGCUUCUGUGGCCGUGACGGGAAGUGAGGUGGUCCGGCUGGGCGACCGCGGCGGCAGAAACAGAGGCGGAAGGGUCCCUGCGGCGACGACGUCGUCGACCCGGGUGACCGAGGGGGCUGAGCGCCGAGGGCACUCGCCCGCUCGGAAGCCGGAUCCCGAGCCGGGCUGGAUGGAUCAUCACCAGCCGGGGACUGGCCGCUACCAGGUGCUUCACAAUGAAGAGGAUAAUUCAGAAUCAUCUGCUGUAGAGCAGCCAUCAACUUCAAACCCAACACCACAAAAUGUGCAGGCUGCUCCUUCAGCAUCUGGACUUGAGACUGACUCUUCUCCUCCACCUUAUAGCAGUAUUACUGUGGAAGUACCUACAACUUCAGAUACAGACGUUGACAGUGAGGUUUAUCCUGUGCCACCUCCUUACAGUGUUGCUACCUCUCUUCCUACGUAUGAUGAAGCUGAGAAGGCCAAAGCGGCUGCAAUGGCAGCUGCAGCAGCAGAAACAUCUCAAAGAAUUCAAGAGGAAGAGUGUCCAACAAGAGAUGACUUCAGCGAUGCAGACCAGCUCAGAGUGGGUAAUGAUGGGAUUUUCAUGCUGGCAUUUUUCAUGGCAUUUAUUUUCAACUGGCUUGGAUUUUGUUUAUCCUUCUGUAUCACCAGUACCAUAGCUGGAAGGUAUGGUGCCAUCUGUGGAUUUGGCCUUUCAUUGAUCAAAUGGAUCCUUAUUGUCAGGUUUUCUGAUUAUUUUACUGGAUAUUUCAAUGGACAGUAUUGGCUUUGGUGGAUAUUUCUUGUACUUGGCCCGCUUCUUUUCUUCAGAGGAUUUGUUAAUUAUCUAAAAGUCAGAAACAUGUCUGAAAGCAUGGCAGCUGCUCAUAGAACAAGAUAUUUCUUCUUAUUAUAG